AUGUCUGGAAGAAAGCGCUGUGGCGACCGAGACACUGUCCUACGGACGGUAGAGAUCUGGUUAACACCAGAAAAGAGGCUGUUCAUCCAUUCCAGCAUUCUCAUUUCCUGCUCGGAAUUCUUUGCGGCUAGCCUCGACAAGGCCUGGACUUCUCACAGGGGGAUGCUGAGCAAAAAUGAAAAUGCUCCAAUUAUCUACAAGUUAAAUCUGGAGGAAGACCCUUGCGGAGAUUCUCUCACGAUACAGGAUCUUCAAUCUAAGACGGCGAUUCCGAGUAGCGAUUGGGAGAGUGAACAUAUUCGGGAUGAGACCUAUUAUCGAGCUUUCGAGAAUAUGAUUGGUAUUUUUCAACACGUCAAGCCUAUACUUGAAGGCGUCGAAGAUACGUUACAAUUAGUCAAGCUGGCCGACAAAUAUGACUGUCUUCCAGUGAUCAGUCGUGCCGUCCGCUUAGCAUUACUUGAGAGCGACGGCAAUGCAUCUCAGCUUUAUAGAGACAUUUCCAAACAACCCGUGGACUAUCUUUAUAUUGGAGAAAUGACUAGGUCGUCCAUAAUUCUAAGGGAAGCCGCGAUUCAUGUCCUCGGCACUUGGUCAGGUACAAAGCAAAAAUGUCGAGACACCGUUUCCCAGAAAUUGUUUGAUACGCUUUGUGAAAAGUACGAGCACCUCCGUCAAAAGAAGGAGCAUGCCAACGAAAUGUUGCUUUCCCUAAAUUAUUCCCAAUCGAUCUCUCUCGAUUUUGCUUCGGUGAGCGAAUCCAUGGUCGCCUUGCUAAUGGUUCGUGAAAACAUAAGCAAAAUAUAUUCCAACUGCUUUCAAAACAAAAAACCGGAGCAUUUUGAAGGUAAACUCUAUCGCGCGCUUGAGAAAAGCGCAAAGAUUGAGCUGCCAAGUUCUAAAAAGAUUACCAAACACUAUAAUGCACCAUCAUUCGAAGACGUACGCAAAGAAUUAGAAACCAAAAUUCGCCAGGCUUUGGGCGAUCUACCACGCAGCUACUUGAGGGCGGAUCAGACCGAGAUCAAUGCCGAUUAUCUCUUGUGCGCAAAGCUGGAUGAUGCAGAUCUACCAUGGAAAGAGGACUGGUAA